GGUUGUUUCAAGAAAUUAAAAAGUAAACGAAGAAUGUUUUAUCUCGUUCCGACCUCGCAGCACAUUAUUCCUGUCAGUCCUCGGACUCCUGGAUAUGACACCCAACGCCUGGCCGUAGACAAACAUGUCUUUGAUAGUCUGAAACCCACCAGAUGCAGAUUUGCUUUCCUGUGGUCUCACUCAAAUGGAUUCCACAAGGAAUCACUCCAUGUUCAGAUGAAGGCUCAUCUUGACAAACUACGCCAAGAUUCUUCUUAUGAUGAUGUUGAGAUUCACUAUGUUUCUUGGGAUGCUCGUAAUCACGGUGAAUCUGCUCGUCUGAACGAGAACACUUUUUCUAAUCGUUAUACUUGGAUGGAUAAUGCGAUGGACACUUUACAAGUGAUUGAAGAAAUGGGCCUCAAUACUGAUUACCAAUCUUUUAUUGGUAUUGGCCAUAGUUUUGGUGCAACUUCAAUGAUUUUGGCAGAAUUCCUUUAUCCAAAGUCCUUUGAUGGUUUAUGUGUAAUUGAACCUGUGAUGACGAUCGGUGUCGUUGAUGCGGAUGCUUGGAACCAGGCACCCGUUCUGGGUUCUCUCAAACGAAGAGAUACCUGGAGUUCUCGUGAGGAAGCUCUUGAGACCUUGAAAAAGAGAAAGUUUUGGAAACUGUUUCACCCAGACGUGUUGAAUUCAUAUGUGCAAUAUGGCAUGUACGAUACCAAGGAAGGAACCAUCAAGCUAAAGUGUCCAAGAGAACAAGAAUAUCACGUGUUUCAGUGCAGUUACUAUGAUUGCGCAACUGCCUACGCCUCACUUCGCGCCCUCUCAAUCCCUGUGCACUUUUUGUACGCCCUUCAAUCAAACUUGUGUUGUUGCACGUUCAAGUCCACUGAUACGUAUAGCGUAUUACCAGAAGAUGCAAGAUCAGUCACUGGACAAUCCACCAUGGUAACAUUGAAAUUCGUCAAAGGUACUCAUAUGGCACCCAAUGAAGACCCGGAAGAUAUUGCUAUUGAAGCAAAAGCCUUUACUGACAAGAAUAACAGUAUACUGCAUACGUGUGUGCGUGAGCAUGAGCAUGAGCAUGAGCAUGAGCAUGAGCAUGAGAAUUAA